GGUGACUUUGCCUUACGGCUCUUGGACACUUUUUACGACAUUUUCCGGCUUCCCAUUCACUUCGCUGUGAAGAUGGCGUCGGGCAGCGGGACAAAAAACUUGGACUUUCGCCGAAAGUGGGACAAAGAUGAGUACGAGAAGCUUGCUGAGAAGAGGCUCACAGAAGAGAGAGAAAAGAAGGAUGGAAAACCAGUGCAGCCAGUCAAGCGUGAGCUUCUGCGGCACAGGGACUACAAAGUGGACUUGGAAUCCAAGCUUGGGAAGACAAUUGUCAUCACCAAGACUACCCCACAAUCUGAGAUGGGAGGAUAUUACUGCAAUGUCUGUGACUGUGUGGUGAAGGACUCCAUCAACUUCCUGGAUCACAUUAAUGGAAAGAAACAUCAGCGAAACCUUGGCAUGUCUAUGCGAGUGGAACGUUCCACCUUGGAUCAGGUGAAGAAACGUUUUGAGGUGAACAAGAAAAAGAUGGAGGAGAAGCAGAAGGAUUAUGAUUUUGAGGAAAGGAUGAAGGAACUCAGAGAAGAGGAGGAGAAGGCUAAAGCAUACAAGAAAGAGAAACAGAAGGAAAAGAAGAGGAGGGCUGAGGAAGACUUGACAUUUGAGGAGGAUGAUGAGAUGGCAGCUGUGAUGGGCUUCUCUGGCUUUGGUUCCACCAAAAAGAGUUACUGAGGCUUCUUGUACUUGGCCUAAUUUUGGCCUGUACUGGACCUAACAUUUUGUGUGCGUCGGGGAGGAGACGUUCAUUUCUAAGUAAUUCGGAAAGACCUUAAGCGUGUCAAUGGUCAGGGAGGAGUGGGUGCUUUGGUUUCCCUCUGUGUUGGGAGACAGUAUAGGACACAGAGGUUAUGCUGUGGCGUAUUCACUCAGUCUCAGAAUAGCACUGGAGUCACAUGACCUCUGCCUGAGUUCCCAAUAAAGACAGACCUCCCUUUCUAAGGCUGCUUUCCCGAAACACCCCCUGCAUCUUUUCCUCUUCAUCUACCCAACCUCUUGUUUGAACAUCCUGUCUUUUAUUCUGUUUUCUGUUUUAAUUUUGACUCCCAUUCAGCCUGCAACAGAAGGGUUGUCUAGUUGAUGGCAUAUCCUUGAUCAGUCCUUUUCCCAUUGCACCUUCAUGAGUCUCUGGCCACCUGUGCAUGCAUGGUACUAAUGCCUGGAUCAGUGGUGUGUGUGGAUAUGUAUGUGUGCAUGAAUCUGUCACAAAGAGGAGGCCUGAGCUAGAAUCUCAGAGCACUGAUUCCUUGGGGCCUGAUGUUCUUGGUUUCCUCAGCGCAUGUAACAGGAAAUUAAAUGGGAUGAGUGUGGUGUGGUUUGUGCCUGGUGAAUUUUUUAACAUUGUUCUUCAAAUGUAGGCUGUUUCAGCUUCUUGUUUCAUUUUACUGAGGAUUUCUGUUUUUGUCUUCCUUGUGAGCAGGCUCUUGGAAGAACCUGUUUGAAGCAAAAAAGAAAAUGAAAAAACAAACAACACAUGCAAACAAACUAUGGGCGCCACCGGGUUUCUUGGGCUGUUCAACGUGUACAAUAAAUGGCAUUGACUGGCCUGAUUCACA